AUGAGCUCACAGACUACCCCACUACCACGCGUUCGCGCAGCGCUGUUCGAUAUGGACGGAUUGCUCAUUGACUCGGAAGACAUUUACACAGACAUCACAAACACAAUCCUUGCCCGCUACGGAAAGCCAAAACUACCAUGGUCCAUUAAGGCACAACUACAAGGACGUCCGGGCCCUCAAGCCGGCCAGAUCUUCCACUCGUGGGCGCAACUUCCUAUUGAUCAGGAGCAGUUCUUCAGGGAGCAGAGAGAGCUUCAAGUGAAACUGUUCCCAAAUACCAAGCCGCUACCAGGUGUGAUGGACCUGCUGGUGGGAUUGAAGAAGCGGGGCGUACACAUGGCAUUGGCAACGAGCAGCAACAAGACCAACUUCAAGAUCAAGAGCGAGCACCUCGGUGACCUCUUCCAGAACUUCGAGCUUGAACAUCAGGUCCUCGGUGAUGAUCCGAGGAUACCUGCUGGUCGUGGCAAGCCGGCGCCGGACAUUUACCUCCUCGCGCUUUCCACGCUCAACAAGACGCUCGAGGCUAAGGGCGAGGCGCCGAUUCAGCCAGAGGAGUGCCUGGUAUUUGAGGACAGUGUUCCAGGUGUCGAGUCAGGGAGGAGAGCUGGCAUGCAGGCAGUCUGGGUGCCUCAUCCUGAGCUGCUGAUUGAGUAUAAGAGCAAAGAGAAGGAGGUGUUAGCUGGAUUGACCGGCGAGCAUAAGAAAGAUGAAGAGCAGCAAUUGCAGCAGACCGAAGUUGAUUUAAAACAGAGCAAGAGGCAGGUCGGUAUGCCUGGUGAGAUCGACGAUGGUUGGGCACGCCACCUCGGGAGCUUGGAAGAUUUCCCGUAUGGGAGCUACGGUAUGGAAGAGAAGAGAGUAUAA